GUGAUAAAUCAAAUCAAAUUUGAAAUAUAAAGUGUCAGGGCUACUAUUUAUUACGCAUUUGCGCUCUGGGCGCAAAUUAAACUACUGGAGAGAAAAUCAGAAGCAAAAACAAAGAAUACAGGAUGGGUGAAUUGACUUUCGGGAGAGUUUGCAAAUAUUUAUGGGUAAUAAAGUCUACAUUAGUGAUCGUAUUGACACCACUACUUUUACUUCCGUUCCUUAUUGUUGGGGAGACCCAGGUAGCAAAAUGUGGAUAUAUUAUCAUUUUAAUGGCGAUAUAUUGGUUGACAGAAUGUAUUCCAAUGGGUGUAACCGCCCUAAUACCAGUCAUUCUUGUUCCUUUGAUGGGCAUUAUGAAAAGCGCAGAUAUCUCCAUGAACUACAUCAAGGAUAUAAGCAUGUUGCAAAUAGCAGGACUAAUGGUAGCGCUGGGUAUAGAACGCGUGAAUCUACACAGGCGAAUCGCUCUGAGAAUCUUGCUGUUGUUGGGAACGCAGCCUCGGUGGUUGAUGUUGGGAUUUCUCUCGGUCACGUGGUUUCUGGCCAUGUUCAUGAGUACUUCUGGUUCAACUGUUGCUAUGAUGUUACCAACUCUCGAAGCCGUUCUUUCAAAUCUCGAAGAACUACGCAAAGAAGGAGAAUGUGAAGACAUCGAAAUCGUUCCCCUAGAAGAUGUACCUACUAGGUAUAUUAAGGAGGAACACGAACCUGUCACUUUGAAUCUAGUAACGGGUUCCGACGGGGAUGCACCCGAAGAUUUUAGAUAUGCACCAGAGAAGCAAUCUAGUAUGGCCGAUUCACAUGAAACCGCAAAGCACACAGGACGACACGCUAGUAUGGAGAAAGGACUGACGUUGUGCAUUGCGUACGCCACAGCAGUUGGGGGCAUAGGGACACUAACUGGACACUCUGCCAACCUUAUAUUUAAAGAAAAUGCCGAUGAGCUGUAUGAAAAAUUUGGAAUGGGUGGAUCGGGUGUCACAUUUGUAUCAUGGUUAGCAUUUGGGUUUCCAUGUUCUAUUCUUUGCCUCGUCUUAACCUGGAUCUGGAUGCAAUUUGCAUUUCUCGGCUGGAGAAGCUUGUGUGGUUGUUGCCUGAAGACCCAUAAAAUUGAUGGAAAUGCAGUGAAAGCAGUACUAAGAAGACACUAUGAAGCUCUUGGGAAAUUCACGUUCGGAGAGUGCGUUGUUACAGGACAUUUUGUUAUUUUGAUCCUAUUGUGGCUUACUCGAGAUCCCAGAUUUGUACCAGGAUGGGCAAUCGCUUUUAAACAAGGCUAUGUCACCGAUGCUACGGCAGCCAUGUUGCUGGCAUUUUCUUUGUUCGUCUGGCCAGCACAUAUCCCAACAAUAUUCAAGAGAAAUAAUCCCAAGCUUGAUCAAGUAGCCUCAAUCCUUGACUGGGAGACGGUCCAUAGCAAGAUGCCUUGGCACAUCAUUUUGCUAAUAGGUGGCGGUGUUGCGCUUGCAAAAGCAGCUCAGGUUUCUGGACUUUCGGAUUGGCUGGCACUAGGCUUGAGAAUGCUGACACACCUGCCCCCAUGGGCCAUGGUACUCAUAUUGUCAAUGUCGGCCUCUAUGAUGACUGAGAUUAUUAGCAACACAGCUACAUCUACGCUAUUAAUGCCUGUUUUGGGAGCACUGGCUGUCGAAAUUAAAGUUCAUCCCCUGUAUAUUAUGUGGCCGGCUGCCAUGGGAACCAACCUUUCCUUCAUGUUACCAGUAGCAACAAGCGCGAAUGCUUUUGUUUUCGCCUUUGGCCGACUCAAGAUUAUGGACAUGGUGAAAGCUGGUUUCAUGAUGAACGUAAUCUGUAUAUUGGUGAUUAAUUUGGCGAUUAAUUCCUGGGGUUACGCCGUAUUUGAUCUUGGUACCUUCCCGUUCGCGCCAACACACAACCUAACACAGGUGGAUACGGUGCAGAAUAUGACAACCGGUGACAAUACAACAGCUAGCUAUGGUAUAUACUGAGUCCCUCAUGAUACUGCACACCAUAACAUAGACUAGGUCCUGGCCACGAUAUUACAUGCAAUGACAUAGACUAGGUAUAGCCACAAUAUCACAUGCUAUGACAGAGACUAGGCCCUAGCCAACAAUAUUACAUGCUAUGACAGAGACUACUAGGCCCUAGCCAACAAUAUUACAUGCUAUGACAGAGACUAGGCCCUAGCCAACAAUAUUACAUGCUAUGACAUAGACUAGGCCCUAGCCACAAUAUUACAUGCUAUGACAGAGA